AUGUGGGCAGCACUAGUCGGUUGGUUGGAUGGGAAAAAGGGUAGUCGAGUGUAUGAUGAAAGGCGGCGAACGGCGGCGGCCGCAUUCGUUGCGGCGCUUCUUCGUCCCCAAAAGGCUCUCAAGGCGUUUGAAGCGUCGCAGUUACUCUUCUGCUACAAACAAGCCAUCGAUGGUGUUACAAGAACAAGCAAACAAAACAAACCUCGUUAUAUUACUUGGGCAGUCGGUGGUGACAAUGACGACAGCGAUGACAAGGAAAAGGAGGAGGAGGCAGAAAGGGAGCGACAGGAGGCCAUCAGGGAGGCUGAGGAGAGAAGAAAGGAAAAACACAGAAAAAUGGAGGAGGAAAGGGAAAAAAUGAGACAGGAAAUCAGAGAUAAGUACAAUAUAAAGAAAAAAGAGGAACUCCAGCCGCCAGUGGAAGAGGAACCCAACCCUCUGAUGCGAAAAAAGAAAACUCCCGAAGAGUUGGCGAGAGAAGCGGAGGAGGCCGACGAGGACGAGUUCACAAAACUGAAGAACACAAUAGAAACACAAGUAAUCGAACUCAAGUCUCAGUUAGAAAGUAAAUGUGUAAUGCAAUGAACACGAGGAGUUCCACAAGGCUCCCUCUGCGGACCGUCUUCUUCAUAGAACAGCGUAGCUUACAAUUAAAACACCUUACAUACAAAAUUCGACACUAUUCCGUUAGUUUUUGUGUUGUUGUUUAUCGAUUGAAAAUGUAGAAAUAACCUGUGAUCGACCCCUCCCCCCACAAAUUGUAUGUGAGUUGUAUCUUUUUUAAAAUUAUGUUGGUUUUUAGAUGUCGAAUGUUAUAAAUAAAAAGCCUUAACACAAGUUCAUUGUUUCCCCAUUCGUAAGCAAUAAUUUUAAGAAAGAUAUGUAUGUAGUUUUUUACAAUGAUCAAUGUGUAUGUAAACGUAUUGUUCUAUUACCUUUUUUUAAGCAACGUUUUUAAUGAAAAUACAAACGACGUGUCACGCAGAACGGCCGUAACCAAAAAAGAGACUGCGAUAAACAAUUAACAAAAAACAAAACUAUUAUGAUGCCAUGACAUACCGAUAACAUCAUUGUCAUAAUAAUUUUGUGGAGAUGUUAAAAUAAAUUGUUAACAGGUUUUGUAGAUAGUUUAAAAAAAACAUAUUUUUUUGUAACGUCAAAGAUGAAAAAAAUACAUCAAAUUUUUGUUACGAUAAUUUUUAAGGAUUUAAGAUAUAAACAAAAUUAACGAGCAAAUAAAUGAUGAAAUAAAAAAUCUCGAUGCUUCAGAACACUUCUAUCACACACUUUCUAUCUCUAUCUCUGUCUUCUAUCUUUCCCAAGCACAUCACGGUUUAUCAUCCAAAUUCCCAAAGCUGCCUUUUGAAACACCGCAACAAAUUUUACAAAAUCAGUCAUCUAUACUUUCUAUAGAAAAUGAUCUCUAUAGAAAGCCAUAAACCAAUAAGAGCACGGCAUUCUACACAGCACCCUAUGUGCGAUUCUAUAGAAAAUGAUCUCUAUAGAAAGCCAUAAACCAAUAAGAGCACGGCAUUCUACACAGCACACUAUGUGCGAUUGAGAAUGCGGUGCUUUGAUUGGUUUAUUGCUUUCUAUAGAGAUAAUUUUCUAUAGAAAGUAUAGUUUUAGGUGGAAGAUAUUUUUGUAAAACUUGUUCUGGGCUUGUCCAUGUGUGCUUGUGCGAACAUUUCGAAAUUGAUACUUCUAAAAAUGCGCUUUGACGAUUUUUGUUAUGUUUCGGUGUCGCAUGUCAUUGGAUUAUUGUUCAGUGUUUAUUGGUAUUAUCUCUUUUUAUUACUAACUAACUUUAUACGGGUGGACUCAUCAUCACAUCAACUCUUGUAUAUUUUCCCACGACCAAAAACCAAACACCAGGUGGUGCUUCUAGAAAUUCUCGACUUAACUUUCUAUAGAAACAUAUCUCUAUAGAAAAUGUUUCUAUAGAAAGUACAGUCGCGAACUCCUAGACUCGCCCCCCAAAUUAACAAAAAAUUACAUAUAACUAAAUAGAUAACAUACAACCGAAAUUUAAUAGAACAUACUUACUAAACUUGUUGUGUUGUGUAUAAUUUUUCUUUCUAGUAAAUGCACCGCUUAUACCUUUGCACAUUUUGAUUGUUUCUUCGAAAAAAUUAUACUGUUUAACUGCCGGAAUUUUCAAUAAAUUUACGUCUUAAAGAAUCACGGAAUCAUUGCAUCGCAAGACAAGACAAUAAAGUUAUUGUAUAAAGUAUUUUUUAAAUAAUUGUUCUAAAUCUAAAUAUUUCUUAAACACCAUGAGAUUUGGGUGACAGUCCUUAUUAUUCCUGUUAAUUAAAAAUAAAUAAAAAAUAUUUGAUUGUUUUAAACAAUCAGAACCAAAAAAAUAGUUAUCGUUACAUAAGAAAUAAAUGUGAGGUCUGUAAAAACCAUUCUCACCGAAUAUUUAGACUGAAUUUUGCCAGUUGAACAAUAUAAUUCCAAUUUUUGACUUGUAUAUUAUUUUCCGCCCCUCACUUUCCUGUUGUCUAUGUGUCAAUUAAUUCUAUGAAUAUCAUUACUGUCUUAACUAAUAGUUUGUAUAGUAAUCUAUGUCUAUCUUAUAUUAGGUCAAGUAGAGCGUAUCUAGAACUGUAUUAAUGUAUUUUACUAAAAAAAACUAGGUGUCGUUGUUCAUAACUCUUUGGCAUUUAACGCAAUGUUGGAUGUGGAAUUUGGGUGAAUCCGACGCGUCGUGAAGAAUUUUUUUUCGCUAAGACCAUAGUCAAAAACAUCACCAACACUGAUUGAAUUUAAAAAACACAAAAUACUACAGCUUUGGACCUUGUAAGAUAUCUUACAGAAUGUUACAGUUAUUAAUGUAUAACUGGAUAAAAACAAACACUGUUUUUUGAGUUUCACGAGUUUAUUUCAAUUUUAUUUUGACAAUUGUUUCGCUAACACAGUAGCUUCUGUGUUAUCCAGUUAUACAUUAGUGGAGUUUCAUCAAGUAAAGGUCGAAACAAUAAAAUGUUACAGUUAUGUUUUAUUGGAACUACUGGUUUUCAUAAAAAGUUACCACGUCUUGCAAGCUACUACUCUCGUCUCUUAGCUGGGAAAUAACAUCUAAAUUUGGUGAUACUUUUGGUUGUAGCCUUGACUAUAUUACAUUGGGGUGUUUUAAAAGAGACGUUUUUUUCAAUGUAACAUACAAAUUAGAUUAUGCAGAAAUAAAAAUUCAGUGAAAAUCAUAAAAAAUAAAAUUCUUUUCUUUUCUAAACACCCUAAAUUAUGUACAAAAAAUAUUACUUAUUAAUAGUGAUAUUAAAAUGCAAAGCAAUGCAAAUAUAAGUAGGUUAAUGUUGAUAUACUUUUUAGAUCCUACUGUUAACCCGGUUAACACGGUUUUUUAUUAAUUUGGGCCUUAAUUCACACAUUUUUGCAUACGUAAAUGUACUUGAAGCAAUAAGUGCUUCUAUCGUUAGUAAUCAGUGUAACUAUAGUUAUAAAAUCUCGGUGUCUAUUAGAAUGCCCAAAUUAUUGUUCCUACUUUUGAAUUCGUCUUGUUAUUUAUUACUAAAUGCCCUUGGCGGGCGAAAACAUAAGCAAUGUAUAGAAAAAAUGACUUAGUAUGGUGUGAUAAAUAAUAAAUGUUUUUUGAUUUGAUUUUUUAAUUGACAAACUUAUAAUUACUUGAACUUUUACUAUAAAACGUGAAAGUUCUCGAAAACGGAUCAAUAACGCCGAAAUUGUACACAGAAUACUUAAAUACACAUUUAUGCGUUUAAAAAUCUAAAUUUUAAAGACAACGACACUUACAAUCUAGAAACAAAUUUCUGUAAUUUCUUACUUAAAUUAUUAUAAUCCAAAUAGAUCCUACAAUCAACACCGCAAGAUUUGAACAUAACUCUGGGUGUUUGUUGUAGGAAAUCAAUUUUAAAUAAACCACGCGAGUUUCAAUAAAAACAACCGUCUUGUGGUUUAUUUUAAAUGCGAGCUUCAGCUUAAGUAACGUAUUUGAGAUUAAAGCUAGUGAUAUUUUCUUGCAAAUAUGAAAACUGAAAAAGAUCAAUGUUGUAUUGUUAUUAAAAGAAAGUGUAAAAAAUUGUGCGGAUUUUGAACAGCACUUUCCACUACUAAAAUCGUUGUUUAUGUUUAAAAAUUCUAUAAGCAAAUCGUUGAAUUAUUUUGCCGUGUUGUAAAAAAUCCGCACAUUUUACAUCACGUAAUGUAGAUACAUUGUUGAUUCAUAUGUAUGGUUUAGUUUUAUCGUUAAUUUUGUGGGGCGGUGGAUUUUCGUCCGGCGACAAAAAUCCACGCCCGAAAAGUUAUAACUUAGUCGAGUAGUAAAUUUUGUAUUUAUACACUUGAAUAAAAAACAACAAAAAAACUGAAUGUGCGACGCUGAGAAAAAAGACAGCUCCGCAACAAGAUCGAGAAGGCUGCUGCUUAUUUUCCGCUCAUUCGCGAUUCAGUUGUUUCGUGAAAGAAACAGAAGAAACACGUUGUAGUUGCCUCAGUACCUAUGAAUAGAUAGUGUUAAGGGCUGUUCACAUUGUUAUAAAUAAUAUUAAUGAUAAUAAUAUUAAAAUUAAUGAAAUUAAUGAAAAAAAGUCUCGGUCAUUGUUGUUAGAUUACAGCCAUCUGCAAGUUAUUUGUGAAACAGAACGGACUUAAUAAAAUAUUACAGUUUAAACAUGCCUUUUAUUUCGUUUUGGUUAUGUUAUUAUUUACUUUACAGAUCAACUAUAACUAUCGCUAUAACCAAUAGGUAAGCUCUAUAAGGUUGAUUCCAGCAAAAUGGGAAAAUUGAUAUAAAAAUUGCAAACUCCCAAACAAUUGUUUUUCCCUUAAUUGAUGCGUAAUU